GGUACAGUGAGCGGCUCGCGCGCAUUAACAGAGGUGCGCGCGGAUCGGAUGUUGACACAUCACGCGCAUCUGCAUAAUCUAUAUCACAGCGCUAAACAGCUAAACUCUUGUCAAAACUGUAUAACAAUUUUACCGCUCAUUUCUCUUUAAGUUACGCUCAUUUCUCUUUAAGUUAUAUUUUCCCACUGACAUAAUCUGGACUUGACCUUGGAUAAAAGAACAGUUUUAUCUGCGACUGAGAAUAAGAUGUUUGACUACAAUAUUCCUUCCAUCAGAGGAUGACUGGUCUGUGAGGCAUCAUUUUAUAAUCGUUGAGCUCAGUCUCCUUCACAUCUUCUCAUCUCAUUACACUGAGUUCGCUGCUCAAAUGGACCUCCACCGAACUGCCUUUAAGAUGGAGAACUCCUCCUAUAUGCCCAGCCCGCUGACCUCUCCUGCCCUGAUGGUCCUGGCAUCGACAGCCGAGGCUGGACGAGAUGCCUCCAUACCUUGCCAGCCCCCUCGGCCGUUUGGAGUGCCAGUCACUCUGGAGAAGGACAUGCACCUCUCAUUUCCCAGCGGCUCGUACACAUUUGCCUCCAUGUACCAUCGGCAAGGAGGCUUUCCCACUCGAGACUUUCCCACCCCUCUGCUCCACCUCCACCCACAGUUCGCUCCACCCAACCUUGACUGCUCACCUCUGGGUAUGCUCAAUCAUGGUGCAGUGGGGGCAUUCCGGCCGUUCUCCUCCCCACCUGAGGAGCGAGAUGCAGGGCUUUAUCAGUCUGCUUUUCUCCCUGCCAAGCGCUUGAAGGGCUGUCUGGAUCCAGAGGCUUCACCUCACCUCCGCUACACAGAUGUGGAGGGAAAAGAUUUUGACUUUGGGGGUGCCCGUGUCCCCGCUGGCUCUCCAAAUGCCCUGAAGGUAGCGGAGGAUGCUGGGAAGAAGCUCUUCGGCUUGUCUGGGCUGUUGGUAGAUGGCUCAUCUGCCCCAGAGGAGCACAAAGAAUCAAGUAAGGUGAAGGUCCUGUAUGACACUCAGACACCAAUGUGUCCGAUCUGUCAUGCUGUUCUGCGGUCAGGAGAGUUACAGGAGCACAUGGAGCAGGAGAUGGAGAGACUAAUGCAGAUGCACAACAGUCAGGGUCCUGCUCAGAAGGAGUGUCUCUCCGCUGGGCCGCCUAAGUCUCUGUUUUCUAUGCACAUAAAGAGAGAAGGUUCCUCUUCUGCCUCUUCUCCACGUCCUGCUGAUGAGGCUGUGCACUCUGACAGGUACCAGACAUUUUUGCGAGUACGAUCGAACAGGCAAACGAGACUGAAUGUUAAGGAGCUCUGCUGGUGCCGGUGCUACGCCAAACACAAAGUGAAAUCUGGUCAUGUUUGGCCUGACUGUGGAUUCCCACAUGCACCUUCUUGCCCACUUUCUGCACGCAUUGGGAAGCUAAAAAGACGGAAAGCAGAAGAAGAGCAGAGAGACGGCAUGUGUGUUGUUGAAGAUGGCUCCGUGAUUUCAGCCGGAAGGGAGUUUGAAUGGGCUGAGCAGAGAAGAAUACAGAUGGUUUCUGUUCUCAGAGGCUUCAGAGGUUUGGUGAGCAGCACACUGAAAGAGCAUCAGGAUAGUGAUGCAGAUCUGGAUGUAGACGGCGAUGAUACUUUGGAGUAUGGAAAAGUGCAAUACACAGAGGCGGAUGUGAUUCCCUGCUUAGGAAAUGAAGCCAGAGAUGCAGAGGAGAGGCAAGCGUUAAGAGGAGCCAUUUUAAAUGGAGAUACAACCAGCAGGUUCUCUCCAGAGCAAACCAAGUUGGCAAACUCAGAAACUCCUACUACAAGUAAUGGGGAGGGUGACAACAAUCUAAGCACAACAUCCCCAAGAACCUGUAAAAACAGCGAGUUAGAGAUCUUAUCGGAUGACCCCUCCCUCAACACGCUGGAGGCCCUGAAAACACGCAUCCGAGACCUGGAGAAGCAGCUCACGCGAGGGGACAGAUUCAAGUGUCUCAUCUGCAUGGACUGCUACACAGUACCUCUGACCUCUAUCCAGUGCUGGCAUGUCCAUUGUGAGGAGUGUUGGCUUCGCACCCUGGGAGCAAAGAAACUGUGUCCGCAGUGUAACACCAUAACCUCACCAGGGGACCUAAGGCGAGUGUAUUUGUGAAGAGUUACCGUCCUGUCAUCUGCCUGUUUGCACUCCACACAAACGGAUCACUUUCACUAAGGAGAACCUUUCUGGGCCAAAGCUAAACUCAAAGGACAUUCAGAGUCAUUGAAAAAGUUCCCGUUGGAAUGCAACCUAGUUACACAAAGACCACUGUGCUCAUUUCUUGAUGAAAUGGUAAAAUUUUAAAGUAUUAUUCUUCACAACAGUACCGCAAGGACAGUAAAACUGAUCACAAGAAUCGUUCCUAUGUAUAAAAGCUGUUUUACAAGAUAUUGCUAAGUUAUUCUCAUAGAGAAAGCUCUAAAGCAAUCUGUCCAAUAGUUUGGUGAAUGUUUACACUGAAGACUUCUUUUCUAAUUUGGAUCUAGCAGUGUUGAUAUGAAACGGUAUACGGUUAACUUUGUUUUGUGUAGAAUGUGCAAAAAGAUAAUGAUAUUGUAUAAUUAUUUUCCAUACUUCUGUAACUGUAAUUUAAUAGUGAAUGGGAUCUUUUAAAUAUGCUUUAAGAUAAAUGAUCAUUUCACCUGAUGGGUUCAUAUUGUGUAAUUGUUUCUUUCAUGCGUUUAAAAAAAUGAUUUAGUGUAUUUUACAGUA